GGUGAAGGAGCUGGAGGGCGAAGCGAAGAAGGUCUUGCUCAGGUGCGGUGUUGCAUCUGGCACUGCCUACAACAUCAUGACGAACGUGGAGAGGCAUCCUGAAUGGGCGUGGGGCAAGAACGACACUGAUGUGAACGCGCUCAAGGCAGCGACUGGGGAGCUCGCGGACACGGUGAUCCAGAACUCGCUCUUGAGCAAAGCCACGACGUCCAAGUUCAGCGGGCUGAAGGCAGUGUUCGGUGACAACUACUUGGUGGGCCUCCAGUCCUUGAAAGAGCUUGGCCCCAAGCUGGACAACAUCGUGAAGCUCACGGAGACCAUCGUCGGGGUGCACAAGCUGAAGACGAGCGACUCGCUGUCCUGA